GUUACCUGACUUCCUGUCCUUCACUUCGUUCCUCAGACAGAAACAAUGGCAAAAUAAAUAGUCAAAAAAACUAAAUCGGCACGUUUAUUUUAAUUUGGUUUUCUCAUUUCUCGUUUUUUGAUUUUGACAACAAAACGAUGGUAUUUCCGUUUUGUUGUUAAAUGGUUUAAAGGAAAAAACCAACGGUCAAAACGUACACGGACCAACCCAGGUUUAGGGUCGCUGGUGCAAACAGACAACGCAAAGCCAGUAACGUUGUGGGGGUGGAGUUGUACUCUCUGACGGUGGUCUCAGAGAGGAGAAUGUUGUCCAAGUGACUUCAACUUCUACCAAAGUCAUUUUCUGGUAAGGUACUUUUACUCAAGGAUCCCUUUUAGGUCCUUUAUACAAGACUGCCAGAUACACCUGCUCUACACUCACUGUAUGCACGAUACAACAGCGCCCUCUAUCGGUCUUGCGCGGCAACGGAACACAGCAAAAGUGGAACAGUGUGUGAGCUGAGAUAACGUUGUGGAGCUCCGAGGCGUUAGAGCUCGCACUUGCAGACGGAGAAUCAGAAGAACCAUGCAGCGUGUCUUUGCUCGGACAGUCCCCGGACUGAGUCGCUUGUCGUUACGUCCCUUCUCCGCCGCCGCCAUUCCAGCACCGAGCGGCAAACCGGAGGUCCAUUACAACAAGCUGUUUAUUAACAAUGAGUGGCACGAUGCAGCGAGUGGGAAGAUGUUCCCCACCAUCAACCCAGCUACAGGUGAAGUCAUCUGUCAAGUGGCAGAGGCUGAUGAGGCAGACGUAAACAAGGCAGUGAAGGCAGCACAAAAUGCCUUCAAGUUGGGGUCACCGUGGCGACGGAUGGACGCUUCUCAACGUGGCCUUCUGCUCAACCGACUGGCCGAUGCCAUCGAGAGGGACUCUGCCUAUCUUGCUGAGCUGGAGACACUUGAUAACGGGAAGCCUUACUCUGAUGCCUACAGCGUGGAUGUGCCCACUGUUGUCAAAUGUCUCAGGUACUAUGCAGGCUGGGCUGACAAAUGGGAGGGAAAGACCAUUCCCAUUGACGGAAAUUAUUUCUGCUACACCAGACAUGAACCCAUCGGAGUCUGUGGACAGAUCAUUCCGUGGAACUUCCCUCUUCUGAUGCAGGCCUGGAAACUUGGCCCUGCACUUGCAACUGGUAACACUGUGGUGAUGAAGGUUGCAGAGCAGACACCACUCACAGCGCUCUAUGUAGCCAGCUUGAUUAAAGAGGUGGGUUUCCCUGAAGGUGUUGUGAAUAUCCUGUCUGGCAUGGGACCUUCAGCAGGUGCUGCUAUUGCGAGACACAUGGACGUUGACAAAGUGGCUUUCACUGGAUCCACAGAGGUGGGUCAUCUCAUCCAGCAGGCGUCAGGCAGCACGAACCUGAAGAAAGUCACUCUGGAACUGGGAGGAAAAAGCCCCAAUAUCAUCAUGUCUGACGCCAACCUGGAAGACGCAGUGGAGCAGUCGCACGUUGCUCUGUUUUUCAACCAAGGCCAGUGUUGCUGUGCCGGCUCUCGCACCUAUGUCCAGGCAGACAUCUACGAUGAGUUUGUGGAGCGCAGUGUUGAGCGUGCAAAGAGACGAGUGGUGGGAAAUCCCUUUGACUUAAAUACCGAGCAGGGACCCCAGGUAGAUCAGGAGCAAUUCAGCAAGAUUCUGGGCUACAUCAGCAGCGGGAAGAGAGAGGGAGCCAAGCUCAUGUGUGGAGGUGGAGUGGCUGCCGACAGAGGCUACUUCAUCCAGCCUACUGUGUUUGGAGAUGUCCAGGACAACAUGACCAUUGCCAGAGAGGAGAUCUUUGGUCCAGUGAUGCAGAUCCUCAAGUUUAAAACAAUGGAGGAGGUGCUGACAAGAGCCAACGACUCUAAAUAUGGUCUGGCAGCCGCUGUGUUUACUAAGGACAUUGAUAAGGCCAACUACAUCUCCAGUGGUCUCCGUGCCGGCACAGUCUGGAUUAACUGUUAUGACGUGUUUGGGGCUCAGGCUCCAUUUGGAGGCUACAAGGCCUCAGGCAACGGCAGAGAGCUCGGAGAGUACGGUCUGGACAACUAUACAGAAGUCAAAACGGUGACUGUGAAGGUUCCACAGAAGAACUCUUAGACAUCUAUAGUGAGUCCACAGCUGAUGACCGUCACCAGGAGGCAUUCACAGUACAGUCAUCAUCUCAUCAUCUACCGCUUUAUCCUCCACCAGAGGGUCGUGGGGUGCUGUGCCAAUCUCAGCUACAUCCACAGUAAAUUCCAUUUAAAACAUGAACACUCUUCAGUGCUCACUUCAAGUCAUGAUAUAAUAAUUAAAUCCAGUUGUCAAACCAAGAAUUUUUGAAUCUGAGAAUAGAAAAUGGCUAUAUAAAUAUAUAUAUAUUUUUAUAUAUAAAUAUAUAAAAAUAGUUAAUACGUACACAUAUACAUUAUGCAUAAUUAUUCUCACCAGCGUUUCUUCUUGAUCUGAUGCAAUAACACAAUAGUAUCAGCAUUCACUUUGUAUUUGUAAUCUGCAGGCUCUGAGAUUUUACAGAAUAAAUACAUUUGAGGUA